UUAUUUGCGUUGGCGUUGCUUUCUCACUCGUAGACAUUUCUGUUUUCUCCAGUUGGCCAAUUCGGCCACUCUCCUUUUCCAUCUCCACCAAAAUCCCCUGCGGUUCCUCCGGUUAUCCGAACCGCUCCGCUCUGCUCCGGUUCCCCACCUCUCUCUCUCUCAACUUUUCUACUUCGCUUAGUUAACAACUAAACACACUUCACAAACGAAUUUCGUUUACCAGUUCGUCGCGGUCUUGCGGUUUGAGAGAUCGGAGGGGAGAGGAGCCAUGACGCAUCGAGUGGACCACGAGUAUGACUAUCUGUUCAAGAUCGUUUUGAUCGGAGACUCAGGUGUUGGCAAAUCCAACAUCCUCUCCAGGUUCACUCGAAACGAGUUCUGCUUGGAGUCCAAAUCCACUAUCGGAGUCGAGUUCGCUACCAGGACUCUUCAGGUAGAGGGGAAGACUGUGAAAGCACAGAUCUGGGACACAGCAGGUCAGGAGCGGUACCGUGCCAUUACCAGUGCUUAUUACAGAGGAGCUGUAGGUGCUCUACUUGUAUAUGACAUUACUAAGAGACAAACCUUUGACAAUGUCCAAAGGUGGUUGCGUGAGCUGAGGGACCAUGCGGAUUCUAAUAUUGUUAUCAUGAUGGCUGGAAAUAAAUCUGAUUUGAACCAUCUAAGAGCGGUUUCGGGGGACGAUGGUCAAAACUUGGCAGAGAGGGAAGGUUUGUCGUUUCUUGAGACAUCUGCACUGGAGGCAACCAACAUUGAGAAGGCAUUCCAAACCAUUUUGACAGAGAUUUAUCAUAUUGUUAGCAAAAAGGCACUCGCAGCUCAGGAAGCAGCUGGUGGUACCACACUUCCUGGUCAAGGUACCACCAUCAAUGUUGGGGAGGCAUCUGGGAAUACAAAGAGAGGGUGCUGCUCCACUUAGUUGUGACAUUUGAGGGAAAAACGUUGGUAGCAGAUAGUAUUUUUCCCCCCAAUUCUGUUUUGCCCUUUUCUCUUUUUUAUCUUUUUUAAUUUUUUUUCUUUAUGGGUGAGAGAGACACAUGUAGAUUACAUUUACUCCAUUGAGUUGCAAAAACGAAGUCUGUGAAAUUUAUAAAACAAUACUCUUGCUAGUU